AUGGACAACUGGCCCCGGCUCGUCCUGGUCUUGGUUGGUGCGCUGCUCGUCCAGAUCGAGGCAGGAUUGGUGCCAGCGGCAACGCCCCUAGUGGCCGCCUUGCCUCAGCAGCUGUACGCUCGUUCGGCUUACAGCCAAGUCGUCGGUCGUAGCUAUGCUCCAUCGUCGUUCGUACCAGUGGCCAGCGCUGGAAUAGCGUAUGCUGCCGCACCGGUCAUUGCGCCACAGCUUGCCGUGGCCGGUCCCGUACUAAAGACACUGGCUCCUACCCGGGCCGUACCGGUGGCCUCUGCGCUGUCGUACGCAGCACUUCCUGCUCUUGGUUACGCCGCCGCUGCCCCAGUGCCAGCUGCCUUUGCACCGGCCGCUUUAGCUCGAGCAUAUGCUCCACUUUCUGCCCUUCCUGCUCUUCCUGCUCUUCCUGCUCUUCCUGCACCAACCUUGGCCCCGAGUGCACCACUAGUUCCAGCGAUAGCACCGGUGGCACCUUCCCUGCCAGGUGUGUUCGAUGCCCGUAAUGCACCUAAUGCUCCGGCCACACGCACCACCAACCCGACGAUUGUGUCCACCUUCGGAUCUCCGGCCGGUAUCCGGCUAGUGGGACUACCGGGCAUCCAGACGGGUACGCCCGACGCUACGCAGAACCCACAGGAAGAACAGCCGAAUGUGGAGAUUGCCCGCGGUAAUCCAACGGAACAGCGCUCGGCCACCGGUCCUGGUCCGGUCGGUGCGGCUUCCAAUCCGGAAGCUUUCGGUGUUCCGGUACCAUCGCCGGCAUCUCCAUUUAACGAGUACGGUGUACCAGCUCCGGUGACGACUCGUGUGAAUCCUUAG